AUGCGUGUUGCUGAGCAGCAUUCUCGUUGUAUCAACAACCGGUCACAUCCUCGUUCAUGUACUUUAGAAUGUCGACAACGCGAUAAAGAUCUGGAGGAGGCUCGUUCGCGUGCUACUCAGCUAGAGAAAACGAUGAGAUGGUGGUCUGAUUGCACUGCUAGUUGGAGAGAAAAAUGGGCUACUCUGAGAGAUGAAAGAAAUUAUCUGCGUGAAAAGUUAAAUUCAACACAAAAAGCUCUGGAAAGUGCAACAGAAACAAUUGAAUUUCUAAAAUCAGAAAAACAAGAAUUACUGAAUGACUUCCGAAAAGCUUCGAAUAGUCAUCACAAUUCCACUUCAACUAUUUUGCCCCUAAAUCCUGUCUUUCAUACAGUACAAGAUUCAAGCCAAUCAAGAAAAGCAGAUAUAAAUACAAAUCAAGGUACUGAAAAGUUGAAUGAAUCAUCAGAGUGUGUUGACAGAGCAAUUGAGUUUCCCAAUAGCAAUCAAUCAUCGAAAAGGCAAUUACUAGAACUGGCAUCAACAAUUCGCUGGUGGAAGUGCCAGUGUAUGGCACUUGAACAGGAGAUUCGUCAUCUUUUUGAUUCAAAUACUAAAAACUGGUCAAAAUGCGAAGUAUUAUCCCAUGAAAAUUAUUUACUCAAACAAGAAAAUGAUCUUCUCAAGAAAGAGAUAGCUAGUCUCUGGAGUAUACGAGACAAUGUAAACGACACUCAUGCUGACAGAAUCUCCAGUAUAAAUGACCUUGAAUCACGAGCAAGUGAAAAUAUUGAAAACGACACACAUAAACAAAAUACUGAUACAAAUGAAAUGUCAGUAGAAGAUUUAUUAUUUCAACUUUCUGAGAAAAACUGUCAAAUAGAUUUACUACAGCGUCGUUUAUCCUUUAUGCUACAUGAACGUGGAGUCCUGUGUCAUCAGUUGGAAGAAAUGAACACAAUACAUGAUAAAUUGGGGAAUAAGACGUACCUGACUGCUAAGAGCAAACGUACACAACUUCUUAUGAACACUGCAACACUGAAAGAUGAUUUUUCAAAAUAUUCUUACAGAACUGAAAUAGAUUCUAACUGUGAUACAGAAUUCACCUCUGAACUACCCACAACAAGUGUCAUCACCACAACAAAUAUAGUAAAUAAAGCAGAGAUAAUGCAGUCCACUACAUCGUCAAAUGAUGAAUGCAAAUUCCUUGAUAAAAAGGUUAGUGAAUUACAGGUAGAUGAUACUGAUGGAAUAUGA